AUGGAUCCUCAGGAGUUGCAGCAGCAGCAGAUGAUCAAAAUGAUGCAAGGUGCAAUGGAAUCAUGUCCUGCGAAAACGGUCCUUGCUGGAACCAUGGGAUUCGGUCUUGGAGGUGUCUUUGGUCUCUUCAUGUCUUCGAUGCGCUACGAUACCCCCAUGUCCUCUGGACUCGGACCCCAAGCAAAAGACAUCCCGAUGCGCGAACAACUGAAGAUUGGGUUCAAAGAUAUGGGGAAAGCGUCUUGGUCAUCAGCAAAAAGCUUCGGAUAUAUCGGUGCCCUCUUCGCGGGUUCCGAGUGUGUGAUUGAGGGAUACAGAGGGAAGAAUGACUUGACAAAUGGUGUCGCGGCGGGUUGCUUUACCGGUGCUUUCCUGGCAAAGAACUCGGGUCCACAGGCUAUGGCGGUGGGCUGUGCGGGCUUUGCUGCUUUCUCGGCAGCCAUUGAUGCGUAUAUGCGCAUGGAGAGCAAUGAUGUCGCUGCGGAUCCGAUUAUAUGA